GGGCUCAGUGCAGAGGCCGCUGAGUCGGGGAGAGGGAAGAUCGGCAGCGGGGAUCGUUCCCUGGGGACCCUCAACUGCCCGGGCGCUCGGAUCGGGUGGGCGUUGUCCCUGCCUUCUGCACCCCGCGAUCCCGCGCGAUCCCGUCUGGGUGCCCGAGCAGCCACCGGCGCUUUGGUCCGAAGCGAGCGGUUCCUGCUGCGCCGCCUGCCGCCAUGGAGCCCGGGCCGCCCGGAGCCACAAGGCCCGCAGAGCCGGGGCCUCGCCUGCACGGCGAGUGCGGCGCGGACCUGGCGGCCUCGGCCUCCUUGCUGAGCCGGGCCGAGGCCGAGCCCCAGCGGCGCGCGCUGGCCGUGGCGGCCGUGCUGCCGGCGGGGGGGAGCGGGGAGAGGAUGGGCGUCCCCACCCCGAAGCAGUUCUGCCCCAUCCUGGAGAGGCCGCUCAUCAGCUACACCCUGCAGGCCCUGGAGAGAGCAUGCUGGAUAAAGGACAUUGUCGUGGCGGUCACUGCAGAGAACAUGGAAGCAAUGGAGGGCAUUAUUCGGCGGUACCAGCAUAAACGCAUCUCCCUCGUCGAGGCUGGGGUGACCCGCCACAGGUCGAUAUUCAACGGACUGAAAGCGCUGGCCCAGGAUCAGCCGGACUCGAAGCUCUCGAGGCCAGAAGUAGUGAUUAUCCAUGACGCUGUGAGACCGUUUGUCGAGGAAGAUGUCCUCUUUCAAGUUGCCGCAGCUGCUAAGGAACAUGGGGCAGCAGGAGCCAUUAGACCUCUUGUGUCCACUGUCAUCAGCCCAUCCCCGGACGGUUGCUUAGACCACUCACUGGAACGCGCCCGACACAGAGCAAGUGAGAUGCCGCAGGCCUUUCUGUAUGAUGUGAUCUAUGCAGCAUAUCAGCAGUGUAGUGACUACGACCUGGAAUUUGGAACUGAGUGUUUGCAGUUGGCUCUAAAAUAUUGUCAUGUUAAAGCCAAACUUGUGGAAGGAUCACCUGAUCUCUGGAAGGUGACCUACAAACGCGAUUUGUAUGCAGCUGAAUCGAUUAUUAAGGAAAGAAUUUCACAACAGAUUUGCAUAGUUAUGGAUACCAAAGAAGAUGAAGAACAUGUAGGUCGUCAUCUUGAAGAAAUGCUGAAAAAUGAAUUAAAUCAUCUGAAAGUCACAUCCGUGACUCUGUGUCAUGCUGGCAGAGACCUUCAGCAAGUCAUCUUAGAGCAAUGCUACAGUUUUGUUUGUGUGAACGUUAUGACCUCUGAAUUUGAAGAAACCCAGAAAUUACUGAAUACACUUAAAGAGAGUAAUCUCUCCAUUUUGUAUCCUGUUGUUGUUAUUUCAGUGCAUUUUCUUGAUUACAAAUCAGUGCCUGUUGAUCAGAAAAUGGAAAACCUAAUGCAGAUUAGAGAACUAGCAAAGGAAGUGAAAAAAAGAAAUAUUUUACUGUGUGGUCUUCUCAUAUUUUACCCACAGGACAAGCAGAAGCUACAGGAGAGUGUAAGGCAAGGUGCCACUAUCAUUACCACCUUCAUCAAAGAAAGAAACUCUGGAUUCAUUGGUCAGCUUCUGGUAGCAUGAAGAACACAGAGAGUUACCUACUGAGCUUAUAGAAACAUUUAUCUAAGUACUGUAUCUCUUUUGUGCUUCCCUCCCUAUUGUAUGUGGAGGAAUGUUUAAGUUGUCUUUUAUGUUUCACAGUUUGUAGAAUAUCAUGCUCGGGCUAUAAAAGUGGAUCAAUGUUUAUAUCUGUGAAAUUAAAAUUUACUUUUUGUGAAUGUCAAAUAUAAAUUGCCUGAACCAGGAAAGAGUAGAUAAGUGGAAAAUAAUAGCCCUCACAUAAUCUUUUCACAAAAGCAUGAAAGAUCAAAUAGAAAUAAUGAUGGGUGAGCUAAUCCUCCAAGGAAUGAGAAUUUGGAAAUCUUGAACUAUUAUCUCUGUGCUAAUUAAUAAAUGACACUAAAAUGAAAUUAAUAGAUAAGAUUCAGAAUUAUUCUUAAUUCUAAAAUUGUCCUCUCACCAUGAGAUACUGACUUGUGUUCUGAUUUUCCAUGCCUUAAAACAAAGUAAAAUAAAACAGUAGAUAGGGAAUUCUGGUUCAAAUAUCUUCACCAUUGGUCCUCACAUUACUCAAGAUCCCUAAACAAGAUGUAAUAUGCUCCUUGAUUUAAUGUAAGUUUUACUCAUUUUAAAAAGCUUUCUGGGUUUUCUGAAUGAAUUUUAAAGAAGCCUGGGAAACUUCGUAAAAGUGAAGUUAUUCUGGU